AUGCAAAUGUUGCAACAGCCUCCUCAGACUGAGCAAGCGAACACGCCAAGCUCUUCUGAGGAAGACUGUAGUGGGGAGCCUGCGGCGAGCUCAUCUGAGAUGGCGGCUCCGAAAAGCCAUGCCCGUCGGCUGCCGCCAGCAGUCUUUAUCACCGCCGACGGCAUCGACUUGCAGACAUUAUCCGAUGAGGAACUCCUUAAGAUUGUGCCAAGAAAUGGUGCUGGGGAGGUGUCGUCUUUGGGUGCUUUUCAACAUCCUGAUGAUUGCUCCCCAUGCCUGUUCUGGUUUCGGGGCAUUUGUACUAAAGGGAUCCGAUGCGAGUACUGCCAUUUCAAGCAUACCGGGCAGAAGGCCAAGAAGAUCCGUCCCUCGAAAUCCGUCCGUCAGCAAAUGAAAAUGCUCAUGCAGAUGACCCCAUAUCAGUAA